AAAAAAAAAAGACGACGAAGCAUCCUCUCCUCUCCAAAGCUUCACGAUUCAGAGUGCCCGUGAACCCAGCCUAACAAGGAAGAGGACUGAGAAGAAGAAGAAGAAGAUGACGCUAGGGCUGAUCAAUGCGAACCCGGUGGUUCACGCGAAGAAGGAGCGAGUUGCUCGCUCCGAAGAUCCCCACGCAGAAGACGCAGUUGAUCCUCUGGAAAUCUAUGAUUUUGUGAGGGAUAUAAGGGAUCCGGAGCAUCCGUAUUCUCUGGAGCAGCUCAGUGUGCUCUCCGAGGAGUCAAUUACUGUUGAUGAGAAACUCGGCCGCAUUUUGAUAACUUUCACACCAACCAUCCAGCAUUGCAGUAUGGCAACUGUAAUUGGCCUGUGCUUGAGAGAGAAACUGAAGAAUUGUUUCCCUCCACAUUAUAAGGUAGAUAUAAAAGUGGCUCCUGGAUCUCAUGCUGAUGAAGAAUCAGUAAAUAAGCAGUUAAACGAUAAGGAAAGAAUUGCUGCUGCACUGGAGAUCCCAAACCUUCGCCAACUUGUUGACGAGUGCCUUUACUCAAGCGAAAUUUAAUCUAUGGCAGUGUAUUAUAUCGACAGCCCUGUUUAGCCCUUGUGUAAGCAUCGAGAACCAGAACAUGUUUCAUACAUGUAAUUGGAGAGUCUCAGCCAGUUUGUUGUACUUCACUGUUUGCAUUAUAUCUGUAGUAGUGUAUAAAACUGAAACCAGCUGAAGCUUAUGUAGGUUCUUGAACGAAAUUGGCAUCUUUUGCUUGCAAUCUUACUCGGUUACUAGAGGAAUAAAAA